GAUUAUAAUAACGAUUAUAAUAUAUAUAUAAAUAAUAACUUUAUAAAAUGUGAUUAAUUAAUGUUAAUUGAACGUGAAAGAUUGUGUGAAAUGUAAAUAAACUGAUAACAUACAUAAUUAAGGACAUAAUAUAGGAUGUGCCAAGUACUGUUGGUGUUGUCUUGCGUGGUGGCCUGUGUCCUGGGUCACGGCAGGGUGCUGCAGCCGCCGUCUAGGGCUUCAGCAUGGAGGUUCGGCUUCCCCACCGCCCCCAAUUAUGAUGAUGAUGGGUUAAAUUGUGGCGGCUUCUCGCAUCAGUGGGGCGUCAAUCAGGGCAGAUGCGGGAUUUGUGGCGACCCAUACGACGCGCCGAUUCCUCGCCCCCACGAACUAGGGGGGAAAUAUGGUGACGGUGUGAUCGUGGCAAGCUACCUCCCCGGAUCCCUCAUCACCACCACAGUAGACAUCACGGCCUCCCACAGAGGCUUCUGGGAGUUCAAACUAUGUCCAGACCCUGGUAUAGACGACCAAGAAUGUUUUGACAGCUUCCUUUUGGAACUCGAAGAAGGGGGGACUAAAUAUUAUCCAACUAGAGGCAAUUCGAAAUAUAGCGUGAACUAUAGACUUCCUCCAGGCUUGGUAUGCGAUCAUUGCGUGCUGCAAUGGAGGUAUACAGCUGGGAAUAAUUGGGGAACUUGCGCGAACGGAACCCAGGGCUUGGGUUGUGGAAACCAGGAGCAAUUUGGCGCAUGUUCCGAUAUUUCUAUAGGAAACUCUAGAAGUUAUGAAGACAAUGUGUUAAGGGAACAGUACCAAUUACCGUAUCCGUUGGUGAACUUGUUGAAGAAUGGAUACUUUGACGCCCAGCAAGGUGUGCUGCAGCUUCUCCGUGGUAUGUAUGAGUACCCGGGGCAGACGACGUCCGAGGCGAAAGCUAGGCGCGACAAGGACAAACGGAGAAAAAAGAAAAACAGAAAGAAACCCAGUCCGCAUAAAUGGAAAAAGAUGAUGUGGUACUGACUGGACCUGGACCAAGCCCAAAUAGGAGUUUAAAUAAAUCAACAGAAUGGAUUGUUAAUUCUUCGAUACUGUCGUCUUUCGAUAUUAUUGUGAUGUUGCACUAUCGAUAGACCUUUUACAUACUACAUCAAGACCAUAAUUUUCAAUUGCAAAAUUACUUACAAUUUGUUGAUUGCAAUUUUAAAAAGUGCAAUCAACGAAUUGAAAAUUACAAUCGCAAAUUUCUAUUACUGUUAGAAGGCGUCAGACAUCCGCAGUCUAAUAAAACAAUUUUAAUAUAUAAUUCACUGUUUUUAUUUACACAAUAAAUAUAACGUCUGGUUGAACAACGGCUCUAUACAAUGUAAGCUCAGGGCAUAUAUUGUAGCUAACUUGUACAUUACUAACUUAAAAUAUACCCUCAAAUAUGGCCUUAAACUUGUAAAAUGACAAUUGAUGUGAUUAAAUAAACAUUAGAACAAAUCACACAGAUUCAGCUAGCUCCAAAAUAGGUUCUAGUCUUGUGUUAUGGGAUACUAACUCAAUGAUACUAUAUUUUAUAACAUAUACAUAUAUAGAUAAACAUCCAAGACCCGGGCCAAUCAGAAAAAGAUAAUUUUCCAUGAUGACACGACCGCGGAUCGAACCCGGAACCUCUCGGUUCAGAAGCAAGAACUUUACCACUGCGCCACCGAGGUCAGAGAUCAGCAAAUUGUUAAAAUCUCUCUUUCAUCUUCGCGUAUUUCGGUUGCUUUAUUCAGAGAUGUGACGCCGCCAAGCGGCCUCUCGGCCGCUUUUCUAACGUCAACCCUACUAGAGAAGUAUAUUGUUCCCUAUCAGCUGCCAAGACUGUUGUCUCUAUGAAGUAAUGGAAGUGUGGAAAUCAUAACCUAAUAAUAUAAUUUAAAUGUUGGCAAAAAUAAAGUGUUUCUUUGUUUAAUUUUUCUGUCGCGGGUUCACUGAAAGAAAUUUCUAUAGAAAUAAGUUGUAUGUACUUAGUUUCCUAUUUGUAAGUUUUAUAUUUUCACUGUUAUCUUGUGUACAUAAAUAAAUAAAAAUACCAACAUAGUAAAUUAAAUGAAACAUUUAAAUGCAUCUAUACUACUUUUCCAAUUGUGAAUUUUAGUUCAAUUAACACAAAGUGUAAAUAAACAAACUAUUUGCUGUAAAAGUUACUAGUAGUUUAUAUUACUCAGUAUUAAAACCCAUAUUUGAUUGUAUAUGCGCGUGAGCAUAAGUCAGCUACAACGGCAAAACCUUUGGUUUUAUUCCCUUCAGUUGACAAAAAUCUAGAUUCUAACAAGCAGUCAAACCGCGUAACAAAAACAAACCACUCAACCAAUAUAAUCAAAGUAUAAAUUGCAACGUGUGAAGGAGAAAAACAAAUUUUGUAUAACACUAGCAAGAGACAAAAUAUAUGAUACACAUCCUAAUAUAUUAUGUAACACGUUUUCCGUACUUACAUUAGGAUGGAGAAUGUGAAGAUACAUGUGUAUCUAACAAGCAAUAGUACUCGUAUGUACGAGUGAAACGGAUAGCUGGAGUCUGAAACAGUUUUCCGACAAUUGCUUCGUCUACGAACGAUUCGCCGGCAGAAUAGAGGAGACAUUCUGUCGGCGAAUCGUUCGUACAUGAAGUGUUCUGGCGUUCAAACGCCCGAUGUCGAAGCAUUCUGUCGACGAAACGUUCAUAGACGAAGGAAUUGUCGGAGAACCAUUUUAGACUCGGAUAGCUGACAUGCGCAAGUGUUCUGACUUUGACAUUGAAAUGCCAGCUACUUGCAUAUGUAAACUGUGAAACGUGCCGGUAGCUGAAAUACAAGUGUACAGGCCAUAGGUAUGGAUAUUUUCACCAUUAUAUGCAUAUAAAUAUGUCGAUUGAUUGAAGUAUAUGUAUGUAGACAUUAUUUCUAAAAAAGAUUGUGGCGACAUCUACCGCGCAACUUAUGAACAACGCCAACUAAAAGCAAAGACAAUACAAGCUGCAUAAAUGGGUCGCAACACUACGGACAGCUGGCCCUAUGGACGACUCACUUCAGAAACGACAUGUCUAAAACGCGCAGUUGAAGUGUUUAAGAUUGGAAUGAUAAAAUACAACAUGAUAACGUCGAAGCCACGCAAUUCCACAGAGUACACACAUAGGCUGACAGGAAUAUCUUUCCUUUGUGGCGGUCGAACAUAAUGCUGACGAUAUAGGCAAACAUUUGCACGAACUUUGGCGGCUUUUGCCAUUGCUGGUAUUUUUCUUACGAUUAAUAAAGCUCGCAUACAAAUUGCGCAAUGUACGUUCAUUCACGUCGGCAUCUGAGUUCGGCGAUAGUGUAUGUCAGUAAAACAACUAACUCUCGCUACAAAUUUGCAAUUACCAUUUUCUUUCUUGUUCAGAGUGUCGAUCCUGCUAGCAUUAUACGUAUGUAAUAAUAACUAUUGAGACAAGACGAUAAAACUUUACAUUUUCCAAUUUUGACACCCAAUCGUUCCAAACUAUCGGCAAACAGAUCGCUAAACUUGACGAUUUCGUCAUCCAUUACAGGUUUUUACCUGCAGUAAUUUAUUACAUACAUCUUUUUGUUUGUAUGUGAGCUUUUAAGCUCAAAUACAAACUAAACAAUACACGUUAAUUCGCGAUCUGACUUCACCGUUAAUGUGAAGCUAGCACAAGAGACAAUUUAAUUUUAAUGAGGACCA